AUGUAUGCAGCAGUGGUGGUGGUGGGCAUGGUUGGGAACUGCUUGCUGGUGCAUAUCAUUGUGAGGGUGAAGAAGAUGCACCAUGUCACCAACUUCCUGAUCGGGAACCUGGCACUGUCAGAUGUGGUCAUGUGCGCCACCUGCAUCCCACUCACCCUGGCCUACGUCUUUGAGCCCCGGGGCUGGAUCUUCGGCAGUGCUAUGUGCUACUUUGUCUUCUUCAUGCAGCCCGUCACCGUCUUUGUGUCCGUCUUCACCCUGGCAACCAUAGCUGUGGACCGCUACAUUGUUAUUGUGCAUCCUCUGCGACAUCGCAUCUCGCUGCAGCUGGCCAUCCUGGUCUCCUACACCAAGAUCUCCCUCAAACUUAAGUACAUGGUUAUGCCUGGAACUGUCACUCAGAGUCAGGCCAACUGGGACAGAGCCAAGCGUAAGAGGACCUUCUGCCUGCUGGUCAUGGUGGUGGUGGUCUUUGGGGUGUGCUGGCUGCCUUUGCACACUUUCAACCUCAUCCGGGACAUCAACAUCAGUGCCAUUGAUACGUAUUAUUUUUGUCUUGUUCAGCUGCUGUGCCACUGGUUUGCCAUGAGCUGCACUUGCUACAACCCCUUCAUAUAUGCCUGGCUGCAUAGCUUUAGGGAAGAGCUAAAGAAGCUACUGGUCUCACGGAAAGUGGCUCCUUAUGGGCAAAACAUGUCAGUGAGUGUUGUCAUCUGA